CCUGGUUUAGAAUAAUGAGUAAUUAUGCGAAUUUAUCCUUAUGUUCAUGUGUAUAUGUUUUUAUUUCCUCAACUAACAUAAUUAUUACUAAGAGAGUUUCUGCAGUUCUGCUUAAUGACUGGUACGAAAAUUUGCAUGAUGUAAUUAUUGAGUAUUCGAAAGUUUCUGUUAAUGACUGGUACGAAAAAUUGCUUGAUUUAGGGUUAAAGAGUUUUUUUUUUCAUAAAUAAGGACCAAUUUUUUUUCUUCAGAAAUAUUUCUUUUUUUCUUAAAUUGUAAAAAAUCCCAUUAUUCAAAAGUAUCAUUAUGGAAUCAGGAAAUAAAUUGAGAGAAUCCUCUUGUAAGAAAAUUGAGGAAUUGCUAAUCGAAGGGAAUCAUAAGCGCAGUGAUAGAGGCCAAAGCAGAAGCAGAAGCAACAGCAGUAAAACUAACAUCAACACCAACGAAACCAUCAAUGACGAAAUUUAUGUUACUCAGACUAAGAGAUGGCUUCCUGUAAAUUCAAAAAUUGAAGAUCGAUUAACAAAGAUUGAAAAUAAAAUCGAUACUUUAAGUAAAGAAAUACAAGAGUUUAAAUCAGAGUUAAAAACUUUACUUUCUGAUAAAAUAAAUUUGACAUCAAGCGUUAAAGAAUCAUUCAUAGCGGAUGUUGUGAAAAAUGAUUCGAAAUUAUUAAUAAAAGUAUCGAUUUACCCAACAAAAGAUGAAUGUUGUGGAGCGGUUGAAGGAUAUUUAGUACUGAACCAUGCGAGUUUUUUCUCUAAUUUUACUGAAGACGAUUGGAUCUCGUUUUACAACGAAAAUAUACAUAAACAAAUGAAUCCCAAGGACAAAAAUUCUUCGAUUGUUUUAGUGAGCGUUAUUGACAGAGUCCUCCAAAAUGACUAUUCUAAUGCAGAAAUCGCAUAUGUUCUUGUGAUCUGCUCAACAAUUUUGAACCCAAAUCAUGACGAAAUCAUGUUGAAAAAGAAUAUCAUGAAACAAAAAGUUAAAAAAUUUUUAAAAAAAAUAAAUAAUCAAACGGACAUAAAAUAUUCUGAUUUUGAAGAUAAUAGCUAUGAGGAAGAAGAAAGUGGAAAUGAAACUAAAGAUAAUGAAGAUGAUGAUGUGAUGAUGUAUAAUAAGGACUGGUGA